GCUACAUUCGCCUCAUCCCUGCUCAAGCAAUGGAUACAUAUUUUGGUUGCACCAUAGAAAACCUCCGUUUAGGCGGCCAUGAGACCUAUUGGAGAGACCUGUUCUCAUUUCUGGAGUCACACGGAUACACGCUACGCCCCCGCUAUCGUCCAGGAUGGGAACCGCCGUGGCCGCCUACUCCCGAAAUACCCUUUGCUUCGACCGAGGAUUGCAUAGGUCUUCCGCUUUAUCGCAGUCGCAUGAUAGAUGCAACACGCGUCUCAGACGGCAAGCUGGUAAUGUUGAAGGCGAUUCCGUCCACAUCUACAGAGGUGGACAUAUGCCGCUACUUUUCGUCCGAACCUCUUUGCAAUGACCCUCGCAACCGGUGCAUCCCGUUACUGGAUGUACUAUCGCAUCCGGACGACCCUGACGUCUGCAUUAUGGUCAUGCCAUACCUUCGGAAUAUCGACCAGCCACUGUUCGACACGGUUGAGGAUAUCCUCGAGUGUGGCGCGCAGAUACUUGAUGGACUAUUGUUCAUGCAUGAACACAAUGUAGCUCAUCGUGACUGCGCAUACCGCAACGUUAUGAUGGAUGCCACUGCCAUGAACCCGAGCGGGUACCACCCUCUUCAUUGGAGGAUGCUGCCCGAUACAGUAACCCCUGCGCCCACGCUUCCUCGCUCGAGCGUCCCGGUCACUUACUACCUCAUCGACUUCGGUAUCUCCACGCGUUUCUCCCCCGACGACCCUUCAAAGUUGGUGGUCGGGACCAAAGGUUUAGAAACGACUGUUCCUGAACUGUCGGCGACGGUCCCAUACGAUCCAUUCAAGACGGAUAUUUACAUCCUCGGCGCCCUAUUCCGUCAGGAGUUCCUUGAUAAAUACUCGAACGUGGGGAUGCUGGCUCCCCUCAUUGCCUCGAUGACGGUGAAGGAUCCGGCCGCGCGUCCUGAUGCUGCUGCGGCACUCGAGGCGUGGCGACUCAUGCGCAAACAAACCGCCGCGGGUCACAGACAAUGGAGGGCCAAAGGGCGCGACGAGUCUCUGCUAGGUAGCGUCCUCCGCGACGCGCUGCUGCUACUGGGCGCACCUGCCAUGCCGCCGCCACUUCCUCAGAUCCGAGAGUCACUAUGAGUCUGAAGGACAUCACCGCCGCCUCUCAGAUCGCGUAGCCCAGGAUGCGCACACAGACGUCAUUAGCUCACUCUGUUCCGUGCGCGCGAGCGUCCUUAUUUGCGGAUCACAUAGUAACGUGUCACCCGUACGCAAGGCCUCGUUUACGAUCGCGUAUACCCGCAUGACUUGUACUAUUA